GUGAUAAACCCUACUGUAACCUGCAACCUUGCCGCCUCUUUCUCCUCCCUUCCCGACCCCGUGCCGACUCCAGCGCCGGCUGCUCCCUCCCCUGACGCUCAGUGCUGUGCCGAGCUGCUCGUCCGUCGGCGCCCGCCGUUGCGGUGAGCUGCUCCUCGCCCCCUACUCCAAAGCCCGCUGCUAAUUUCUAAUUCUAUCUGCCCGUCCGUAUCUCCAUCCCUUCACGACAGGCCUCUGCGCCGCAGACGGCACCUCGACAACCGGUGACUAGAUUGAAAAAUGAUAUCAGCAAUCUCAUGGGUCCCGAGAGGGGCUCCAAAGACUGUCCCGGAGGUGGCUGAGCCACCUUUGCAGGAAAGCAUCGAGGAAAUGUUGAGGAGUCGCGCAAUGGAGAAAAAUGGAGAUGAUGACAGCGACGAUGAAAAUAUGGAUGUUGAUGCGUCAGAGAAGGAUGACGAAGUUGCAAAUGCAUUAUCUGCAGCAGAUGCACUUGUCAAGAAAUCGAAAAUGGCAAAAUCAGCUGCCCCUCUUGAGGACUUAGCCGAUGGUCUGAAGGAGCUUGACAUGGAUGGUUAUGAUGAAGAGGAUGAAGAGAUAGAGCUUUUUGGCAAUGGCGUUGGCAGCCUCUACUACCCUAGUAAUGAUAUGGACCCAUACCUAAAGGAUAAAGAUGAUGAUGACUCUGAAGAGCUUGAGGACAGGGAAAUUAACCCGGCUGAUUCUGUCAUAGUUUGUGCACGGACUGAUGAAGAAUACAAUCACCUUGAGGUUCACGUUUUCCAAGAAGAUGUUGGUGAUGGAGAUACAAAUUUGUAUGUACACCAUGAAAUUGUUCUUUCGGGUUUUCCACUCUGCACAGAAUGGCUUGAUUGUCCUCUUAAAGGUGGAGAGAAAGGGAAUUUUAUUGCAAUUGGCUCAAUGGACCCCGCUAUUGAGAUUUGGGAUCUUGAUGUUAUUGAUGCAGUGGAACCAUGCCUUGUAUUAGGUGGCCAGGAAGAGAUGAAAAAGAAAAAGAAGAAAGGGAAGAAGGCAUCCAUUAAGUACAAGGAGGGUAGUCAUACAGAUUCAGUGCUUUGUCUUGCCUGGAACAAGGAGUUCAGGAAUAUACUUGCAAGUGGAAGUGGCGAUAGGCAAGUCAAAAUCUGGGAUGUCGCCACUGGGAAGUGUGAUAUUACCAUGGAGCACCAUACAGAUAAGGUUCAAGCCGUUGCAUGGAAUCCUUCUAGACCUCAUGUUCUUCUUAGUGGAUCCUUUGAUCAUACCAUUGUGAUGAGGGAUGGGAAGAUGCCUUCACAUUCAGGAUAUAAGUGGUCUGUUCCAGCUGAUGUGGAGAGCUUGGCAUGGGACUUACAUUCAGAGCACUCCUUUGUGGCAAGUCUUGAGGAUGGCACGGUUAGAGGCUUUGAUAUUCGAGCUGCUGUUUCAAAUCCAUCUUCCGAGUCAAAACCUGCUUUCACUCUCCAUGCGCAUGAUAAAGCCGUCUGCAAUGUCUCUUACAAUCCAGCUGCGCCGAAUCUUCUUGCAACUGGAUCUACCGAUAAAAUGGUGAAGCUGUGGGAUUUGGCGAAUAAUCAACCUUCAUGUGUCGCAUCUAGAAGUCCAAAACUUGGUGCCCUCUUUUCUGUUUCUUUCUCGGAAGAUAGCCCCUUUCUACUUGCAAUGGGAGGAUCAAAGGGGAUACUGGAAAUAUGGGAUACGCUAUCUGAUACAGCAGUUUCUCAGAGAUUUGGAAAGUACCGAAAGUGAAAGCAUCGAACUCUUUGCAGCAUUCGCACUUCCUGAUGCUUCGGAUGGCCAAAUUUUGUUUUCUUUCACUUUGUCCGAUCGAUAACUCUACAUUCUCUCUUUUCUUAGCCGUAGGAUGAAUGUAUUUGUUUAUUGUAAGCGGAUGAUCUCGGUACGUUGUGGAUCUUUUCCCUUUUGUGUGCGCAUUAUAGUUUCAAAUUACAAGAGAAACAUAACGAUGCCCUCUUUGAAGUAAAAA